AUGUUUCCCUCAGGGUUCAUCGCGGAUCCAGACACGCCGGUCGUGUUGCAGCAUGAUCGUUUCCGCGGCGGAUUUGCGGGCUUCGAGGCUAACCAUCCUCGGCUAGUCCGUGAAGACGAUGCGUUUUGGGGCUCCUUCCUUCUACCGCGGCGAUCAUUCGACCAAGAUGAAUGCAUUAGCGUUGGCACGCCUUGUCCUUCUACGCAGGAAUAUUUGGUCACUUUCACACUAGGCGACGAUGCUCCGAGUCGUGGUGCGGUUGCUACCUCCUCCGUACAGCACGCCUCCACUUCUAAGGAGACCUCCAGACGCACAUCGCUCGACUCGCCACAGGAGCUAAGCAACGAGUUUGACGAAUCCAUAGGCGGAGGCACGGCGUCGAGGAAGAGGAAGCGCGAUCCCAACAUGGGAGCGGCAUCAUCCGCCAGAGCUGUAUGCACACGUUAA